AUCCACUAUUUCUCAAUAUCCAAUAACAUUUUAUGAACCAUUUUUGUUUAUUUACUCCAAUUUCGUCAUUUAUCAAACCUCAUACCUAAACUAUUUGCUACUUCUCUUGCUUGUCCAACCCCAAAAUCAUAUCUCAUGGAGAAAGAAAAACAACCAAUUCAUGUAUUGAUGGUGGCUUUUGCAUCCCAAGGUCAUAUUAAUCCCAUGCUUAGACUAGGUAAACACUUGCAAAACAAAGGUCUUCAUGUAACCCUUGCCACCACCGAAAUUUUCCGACAUCGAUUUUUCAAACACAACCAAUCCACCACCACCGUCACCGAUCAGAUCCCUGAUAUCCCCUCAAUAUCAGGGAUCGAUAUUUUACUUUUCUCCGAUGGGUUUAGCCUAGAUUAUGAUCGGAAAGCCAAUUUGAAUACAUACAUGGAAACCCUAGCCAAAUUUGGGUCUAAAAAUUUAAGUAAUAUUAUCACAUCCUUAGCUUGUAACAAAACUAGACCCAAAAAAUUUUCAUGCCUAAUUAAUAACUCGUUCAUACCAUGGGUUGCUGACGUGGCAAAGGAGUUAAGUAUCCCAUGUGCUAUGCUUUGGAUACAACCAUGCACCCUAUUAGCUAUCUACCAUAGAUUUCAAUCCAAUCCUAAUGAUUUUCCCACCAAACAAAACCUUGAAAAAAGUGUGGAAAUACCAGGUUUGCCCUUGUUACAACCUUGUGAUCUUCCUUCUUUUGUACUCCCUUCUAAUUCUUUUUUGGGUUUAACAAAAACAUUCUUUGAAACUAUACAAAAUUUGCAUAAACUAAAAUGGGUUUUAGCUAAUUCUUUCUAUGAACUUGAGAAAGAUGUGAUAUCCAAUUAUGUCUCGACAUUUGUCACGAUCAGAACCGUUGGUCCAUUAGUCCCUCCCAAACUCUUGGAAGGUAAAAUUCAUGAUGAUCAUGAUGAAGAAAAUUUUAUAGGGAUUGAUAUGUGGAAAUCUGAUGAUAAAUGCUUAGAAUGGCUUAACAAAAAUAACCCAAAAUCUGUUAUUUAUGUGUCAUUUGGUAGUUUGAUUGUACAUUCCAGAGAAGCAAUGGAUCGAAUCGCGACCGCCUUACGAAACACCAAGAGGCCAUUUUUAUGGGUUGUGAAGCCACCGGAUUAUCCUGUACAAGAGGGUGCAGGGGAGUUACCAAAGGGAUUCAUACAAGAAACUAAAGAACAAGGGUUAGUGGUAAAUUGGGCCCCACAAAAUCUAGUUUUAACACAUGAAGCUAUUGGUUGUUUUUUAACUCAUUGUGGAUGGAAUUCUGUGUUGGAAACUAUUAGUGUUGGGGUUCCUAUUAUUGCUUACGCUAUGUGGAGUGAUCAACCCACUAAUGCUAAGCUCUUGGUUGAUGUUUUGGGUAUUGGGCUUAGGGUGUGGCCCAAUAAAGAUGGGCUUGUUGAAAGUGAGAUGAUCCAAGAGUGUAUUGAAGAGAUAAUGGGUGGGCCUAAGGGAGCUGAGAUUUGGGCCAAGUCCAAUGAGUGGAAGGGCUUGGCUAGGAAUUCGGUGGAAAAUGGCGGGUCAUCGGAUCGAAAUAUCCAAGAGUUCAUUGAUGAAAUUGUUGGCAUAAAUUCUUAAAUGAGACGGUUUUACGGAAAGAUUUCAAUUGGAUUAGCCUACAAACAUUUAAUUUGUUAAAUAAUCACUUAUAUAUAUGGCCUGUCUCAUACAAGACGAGCUAAUUUAUUGAAAGUUUGUCUCAUAUAGAAUGUAAAAUAAAUUCUCCUAUUAAAUCCCAAACUUCUUAGAAAAUAGUUUGUAUAUGUUGUAUAAACUAGCAAUACUUAUUUUAGGUUUAUUAAUUUUAGUAGUUGCUUCUAAAAUUAUCUAAAUAAAAUGUAUGAACUUGAUGGUAAUGUCAAACAAACUUAAUUUCAUUAUUCUAAUUGCUUAGUAUAGUGGUAUUCAAUUUUGUUUUUGACUAAAUAUAUUGGGUAAGUUUUUGGAUUCAAUUGUCAAGGAAUUAAUUCAGUUGAUGGUUAUAGUCACAGACUAACAGGGUAUGUAAUAUAUUCUAUUACAUUCUUUUACACGAGAGUUCUUUAGGCUAAAAUUAUGGAUGCAACAUAAAAUUUUC